AUGAAUGCAGGUCAGGCUGCAACUCGUCCCUCACUAGGAUUCUCGGCACUAUCAUCAUGGAUCGUUUCGGACAAGGAUCAAGAACUGCUGGUUUUCCGAAAGUUUAGCGAAAUCAGUGCUCGAAAUCUUCUUUAUUUGCAAUGUGAAUUAUUAAGCAUCGAAAGCAGGCUGAGGGCCUGGGAUAAACAGGUUGAAGGUAGCAACGAUACGGCGCUGGAACAGGUUGCAGAAACAUGGGAAAUGAUGAUCGAACAGGCCGAGGCGGGAAAAACAGAAGCAAAGGAUAUGUUGGAGCUUGUGAAACAGCUGCGUAUCAAAAUCAAAGAAUAUCAUGAAGCGCUAGAUCUACAGAGCAGAAUUUCUCUUCUCAACAGCCCUGACCAACGCGCCCUUGAAGUGGCUCGAAACGAACUCCAUGGAGGGCCUUUGCGACGAGAUGGUCAAAAACCGAAUCCCAUAUUAGGAGGGAGAGGGAAAGAUUACCUGGACGAAACGGAGGAUCUCGUCUCGCUCAAGACUCCAGCAGCUGUAGAUCCAUUAUCAAAGUUGCUUCGAGCCUACUGGCCAGGUCGAGAAGAACUAUCCCGGGACGGCCGGCGUCGGAUCAGCCAUUUUGACGAAAGAUCAAUCACGAUAGCUGUUGCUCUCGUCAACAUUUUACUCGCCAUGGUUUUACUGGUGGGUUCGAUAAGCAGUCUAUACUAUGUAAAGUCACCGCCAGCAAUUCUUGGUACCAUAUGCGGGUUUACGAUACUAUUCGCGUUGAGCGUUGGCUUGAUCACGAACGCGAAACGAGCAGAGAUAUUUGCAGGGAGCGCAGCUUAUGCGGCUGUCUUGGUGGUUUUCGUCGGCAAUGGGGAUCAAUCGGGCUGUCACUGCAGCUAA